AAAUAAAUGUUUAAAUAAAUCGAAGCUUUACUCGUACCGAGAAAUGAUUGAAUUAUGAUUUUUGAGUAACUGAGUUGGUCGUGAAAUCGCCGGUAAUCGAAGGCGGCGGAGGGGGACACGGCGGCGGAUUUGAUCUACAUUGUUCCGCCGCGCCUAGGGUUCUUCGGAAAUCAUUAGAUCAGAGAAAAAAAGAACGAAAGAAGAAGGAAUCAAGAAAAAGGUGUGUCGUCCCCACCGUUAGUACACAAAGGUGGUCGGGCAAAUUGAGCUGUCAUGGCAAUUGUGCGACAGAUCAGCAUAAAUUGACUUACCGAAUUUUGAAGUUUCCGUUACGUGAAGGGAAGCCCACUUUACUUGAACUCCCAAGAGUCGAGACUGCGACAUUUCACCUUAAAUAUUACAUAAGAUAUAUAUAUAUGAUGAUGCUGAUGAGCUAUGUCUUCAACUGUGGCAUUUUAAUAUUCCCAAACACUUGUAAUAAACUAAGGCACAGAGACAAAAAAACACCGGAUGAAGGUAAAAAACACGAGAGUACGUUCACAUGCUUCAGCAUUUCUUUAAGCAUGUCUGCCCAUUUGGCUUUUGUUUUGUUCUUACAUGCCUUAGCACCAAAUGAUUGGCAUUAUUAGGAUUAGAGUGAUGUGCAUCAAGUAAGAAAAAAAAAUGAUUCCGUCGGCCAAUUAGGAAAUUCGUUCGUUAAAUAGCGGCCGUUAUCGAUUCGGGUGGUGAAGUUCGUUCCGUUUGCAAAUUGUGCGUGUAUAAACGGAAAGGUGAACAAGCAGCCCAAGCAGGAGUUAGUUGAGAUCUUAAAGGCUUGUUUGGCUGUCUGUGGACAUAGGUGUAAUUGAACACAGCACAGGGUGUUCAAGUACUCCAAUUACACAUGCAAAUUAGCAUUUGUAGUAUGAAAAAAAUAUAAUAAAAAUAAAUAAAAAAAAAAAAAAAUAAAAAAAAAAAAUAAAAGAAGGCACAUAGCACUGGGUUGGGUUUUUUGUCUUAUGGAAAAUUGUGGUCCGUAGCUGUAACGUUGUUACUUUUUUCGAACACCAAAACGCCAUUUCCAUAAAAAAUCCAUAAGCAGUUUUUUAUCUGCCAACUACCACAACCACCACCGCACUCCAGCAACUCCACCUUCCUCCGCCGUAGCUUGUAGCCCAACUUUUUUCAAUCACCACCUCCGUUUAAACUUUACCUCUCUCUCUCUCUCUCUCCUCAAUUGACCGCAAAUCCCCCUAAAUUAUCUCUCUCUCGUUUUGAAUCUUCUUUCCAAAUCGCAAAAGACCUGGUCAAGUUUAUCUCUCUCUCUCUCUCUCCUACACAAAAAAAAAAAAAAAAAAAAAAACCAGCUGAAGCUUACAGUACUAGAAAAAUUUAGUGUUCUUGUCCGGGUUCUUUUUUAUCUUUUAACAAAUUGCAUUUCCAAGAGAGGAACAAAUUACUGAUUAAAUUUAUUCCUAAUUUUGUGUGGCUAAGGGCUCUUGUUCUUCAGAUCGAGCCCUUGGCCUUCCUUCUUUGUUUCCUUUUUUGCCUUUUUCCCCUCUUUUCCAUUUUUUUAAUUAAAAAAAUAGGAGCUUUUCAAAUUUAACUUCCAAGAUCUGUCAAAAUUUAGCCAAAUUUAAAUUAUUCAUGGGCGAUACCUAGCUUAAGUACACACAAGUACUCCGGGUUCUUCGAUUUAAACCCUCUUUUCGUAUCUGAUUCAGAUAUAGCAGGAGCUGAGCUGGCAAAGAUUCAUGUUACACAAGAAAAAGGGUUUCUUUUAGGAAAUUAGAGUUUUUUAGGGAUUUGAACUAUCAGUCAUUAGCUGUGAGAAUUUAGCCCAAGAUUUAAUUUUUAUUGCAUGUUCAGAGUUGCUCUUGGUGGGUUCUGUUUCUUCUGCUGUUGCUUCUGAAUUUAGACUGUGGUUAUAGAUUCUUAUUAUUGAUACAAGGAUCAAGAGGGUUCCUUUCUUGGUUUCGAACCUGGUUCGGUAAAUCUCUCGGUAGGUAGUGUUUACGUGUAGAGAUAGAGAAGUAGAACCAUCCGCUUUUCCGAAAUGGGUGGGAAAUGAAUUCCGUAGUUUGGAAAUAGCUGCUCCAGUUGUUUUUGCUCAAAAUGAUCGAUCAGUUUAUCAAUUUUGUCAUUAGGCCACCGAGGGCCGACUACAAUCCGGAUCAGUAUCUAUGGGAAAAGGAUUUUACUCUAGCAGGAAGAAAGUACAAAAGAGAAGACGUGGAGCUUACGAAUGAAAGAGGCCAUACCUUAAGAUGUAGCCACUAUGUUCCUUCACAGUUCCCAGACGAUUCUCCUCUUCCUUGUGUUAUAUAUUGUCAUGGAAACAGUGGUUGCAGAGCGGAUGCGAAUGAGGCAGCUGUAGUUCUUCUGCCUUCAAAUAUCACGGUAUUUACUCUUGAUUUUUCGGGUUCCGGCUUAUCCGAUGGAGAUUAUGUCAGUCUUGGUUGGCAUGAGAAAAAUGACCUCAAGGUUGUGAUAUCACAUUUGAGGAGCAACGAGAAGAUAUCACGUAUUGGUCUAUGGGGAAGGUCAAUGGGUGCCGUGACGAGCCUUCUUUAUGGAUCAGAAGACCCUUCCAUAGCUGGAAUGGUGUUGGAUAGUGCCUUCUCUAACUUGUUCAAUCUCAUGCUUGAACUUGCAGAUGUGUACAAAAUCCGCCUUCCGAAAUUUACCGUUAAGAUGGCUGUUCAGUACAUGCGACGAAUAAUUCAAAAGAGGGCCAAAUUCGAUAUCAUGCGGCUCGAUUGCGUACAGGUUGCACCGAAGACAUUUAUUCCCGCUUUAUUUGGGCAUGCAAAAGACGACAAAUUUGUUCAACCUCGGCAUUCCGAUGCUAUCUUUAAGUCGUACGCGGGUGACAAAAAUAUUAUAAAGUUUGACGGGGACCACAAUUCAUCUCGACCUCAAUUUUAUUACGAUUCUGUAUCUAUAUUCUUCUACAAUGUUCUUCAUCCUCCGAAACUUCCAUCUCCGUAUUCGACCAAGAUUGAGAAAUAUUACGAUCUGGGAGAUGUGAAAGUCGGUUCUGGUGUGGAAGAGAAUAUUUUAUAUGAAAUAAUAGCGGGGCUUCGGAAUGUGAGUGCCGAGGCAACAAGUUCUUCAUCUGCACCGCGUAGUGUAUCAGCUACAAAGUCUGUUGGGGAACUACUCUCCGACAUUGCACCUGUUUGUAAUGAUGCCCUGGCUAUGGAAGAUGCCGAACUUUGCGGGAGUGGCACAUCACUUGUACAGGAAAAGGCUAGCGGCCAAAACGAAGAGUGUUGCUCGUACACUAGCUCAAAUAGAGAAAGUUGGGGAAGAUGCUCAUCUCUUGGCAGCGAUGACGUACCUUUUACCGAUUGCCCUAGUACGACAAUAAAGGGGCAAGUUACUCCUAUUCGAAAUCCGCAGCAGCAAAGUGCAACGUUGAGUUCUCCGACAGACGAUAGCAGUAAGAGCAAGAAGAAGAAGAAGACGAAGAUAUUGGAAGGUGUGUCGUCGGGCACAAAGAAGUCGAAACGCGACAAGUUUGAAAAGCUGGAAGCUCUAAGCCAGCGCCUUCGUCUUUGCAUCCUCAAGAGAGUGAAUCACAGAAGAAAUAGUUCAUCAUGACCAGACAUAGCUUCCCUCAUUGGUGUUGUUUGUUUUAGAAUAGGAUGUCUUUUCUUAGUUUUCACUUCCCUAUAUUUUGUAUUUUCUGAAGAAAAGCCAAAUUUGAUUUAUUGUUAGGCCAACCCCAGUUUGCA